AUGAAUUUAAGAGCACUUGAUGUAUAUAUACAGAAAAGGCACAACUGCAGAACAGUCAAAGCUAAAAUAAGAGCUCUAGAGGGAGUUUCCCAGGGAAGGUUUUCUGUAGGUCAUUUUGUAUUAGAAUACAACUUGUUUGCAUUGUUUGGAUUUACGUGGGCCUUCCAGUUUGCAGUAACUGCUACCAAGAUUAUGAUAUGUGUUCUGAGAUGCUCUUCACUAGUUACCAAAUUAAAUUGCAUUUAUUUUGGUCAUAGGGUGUCAAAGAAGUCAAACAAGGACCACCGUUUGUGGAUUAGGAAAGAUUCGGCUGGGUCAGGGAAGAAGGCUCUUUGUCUUGUUAAUACUGUUUCAAAACUACCGAAUGAAAGAGAAACUGUUUAUGGUGCAUUGGAUAGGUGGACUGCUUUUGAGUCUGAAUUUCCAAUUAUAGCAGCGGCUAAAGCUUUGGAGAUGUUGAAAAAGCAAAGAAAAUGGCUACAGAUUAUCCAGGUAACCAAGUGGCUGAUGAGUAAAGGUCAGGUGCUGACAUGGACAACGUACGAUACACUGCUGUUGGCUCUUUCUAUGGAUGGAAGAGUAGAUGAGGCUGAGUCAAUUUGGAAUACUAUCUUACAAACUUAUACACGCUCAGUGCCCAAGAAGUUGUUCUCUCGGAUGAUCCAGAUUUACAACACGCGCCAUCUUCCAGACAAAGUUUUGGAGAUAUAUGCUGACAUGGAGGAAUUGGGCGUGCGUCCAGACGAGGAUACAACAAGAAGAAUCGGACGAGCAUUUGCAACUUCAGGCCAGGAAGAUAAGCAGAAGCCUGUCCUUGAAAAACACUUGAAGAAGUGGAAGUACAUCCAUUUCAAUGGUGAGCGUGUUCGUGUGCGGAGGGCAGGACCUUUGGCCUAG